AUGGGGAAGAGAGACAAAACCACGUUUUCUUGUUUGGAGGUGAUACUUAUUGUUCUCUUGGUGUUGAUGACGGCAGUUACAGUGACCCUCCUAGUUCUCCACUUUGUCUCUGACAAGAGCACAUCUGAAAUAAACAAUGUGUCAACAUCCACAUCUAGCCCGGGUUACAACUUCACAUCAACUCAACAUCCUUCAACUGUUGGCUCAAAGAACUACUUAAUUGGGGUUGGCCGGGCUGAUUGCACUGGGCCUAUUGCAGAAAUCCCUUUGAUGGGUUAUGCCAGUCCUGACCAGCUGGCUGGUGGGAUCCUGUCACGACUGUACAGUCGAGCUUUCAUUGUGGCCGAGCCUGAUAAUUCCAAAAGAGUGGUGUUUGUUAGUGCUGACAUAGGGAUGGUAUCCCAAAGACUUAGAUUAGAGGUACUCAGUCAACUGAAGAGUAAAUAUGGGGAUCUAUACAGACAAGACAAUGUUGUAUUGAGUGGCACUCACACCCAUUCAGGGCCUGCUGGGUACUUCCAAUUCACGCUUUUUUUGAUAACUAGCAAGGGGCUUAUUGAGCCAUCCCUUAAAGCCAUCGUCAAUGGCAUUGUCAAGAGCAUUGAUAUAGCACACCAGAAUAUGAGGAAAGGAAGGAUUUUUAUCAAUAAAGGCUUGGUAGAAAACAGCCAGAUCAACAGAAGUCCUUACUCUUACCUUCAGAACCCACCACUUGAAAUACGCAGGUAUUCAUCAAAUACAGACAAAGAAAUGGUGAUGCUGAAGAUGGUUGAUGUGAGUGGACAGGAGCUAGGCUUUAUCAGCUGGUUUGCUGUUCACCCAGUCAGCAUGAACAACACAAAUCAUCUUGUAAAUAGCGACAACAUGGGGUACGCAUCUUACCUGUUUGAACAAGAGAAGAAUAAAGGACUGCUUCCCGGAGAGGGUUCCUUUGUAGCAGCCUUUGCAUCAUCUAACCUGGGAGAUGUGUCACCUAAUACCAAAGGCCCACACUGCAUAAACACAGGAGAGACUUGUGAUAACCCCCAAAGUUAUUGCCCUGUAGGUGGGGCCAAAAUGUGCAUGGCUGUGGGUCCUGGCACUGAUAUGUUCGACAGUACAAAAAUUAUAGGGCAAAAUAUCUAUUUGAAAGCAAAGGAACUGUAUGCAACAGCUUCCCAAGAGAUAACAGGAAAUCUAAGUUCAGCUCACCAGUGGGUAAACAUGAGUGAUGUCACCGUCCAGUUCAAUGCCACACACACAGCUAAAACAUGUAAACCGGCCUUGGGCUACAGCUUUGCUGCAGGUACUAUUGAUGGAGUAGGAGCUUUCAAUUUCACACAAGGUGCUGUAGAAGGAGAUCCAUUCUGGGAUGCUGUUCGUGAUCAGCUGCUUGGAGUACCAUCCAAUGAAACGAAAGAUUGCCACAAACCUAAGCCAAUCCUUUUUAAUACAGGAGAGAUGUUGCUCCCUUAUCCCUGGCACCCUGAAAUUGUUGAUAUUCAGAUCAUUACCAUUGGGUCCGUGGCAAUUCUUGCUGUUCCAGGAGAGUUUACAACGAUGUCUGGGCGUAGACUGAGAGAAGCUGUUAAAAGUGAAUUUGAAUCCCAAGGGACACAUGGAAUGAAUGUUAUAAUUGCAGGCUUGUGUAAUAUUUAUACCCAUUAUAUUGCAACCUAUGAAGAAUAUCAGGUUCAACGAUACGAGGCAGCAUCCACCAUUUAUGGGCCACACACACUAUCUGCUUAUAUUCAGCUGUUCAGAAGGCUGGCAAGGGCUAUAGCUAAGCAUGAAGUUCAGGAUUUACCCAAAGGUCCAGAGCCACCAUUUUUUAAUGUAACCAACUUGACAUUGUUACCCACUGUUUUACCUGAUGUAGCACCACUGAAUAAAACAUUUGGAGAUGUAUUACAGGAAGUAAAACAACAUUACCGAGUGGGAGAAGUUGUUGAAGUAACUUUUGUAAGUGCAAAUCCCAGAAAUUGGGCAGAUGAUAUGACUGAUCACACCUUCCUUACAGUAGAGAAAUAUGAGAAUGUUUCUAGAAGCUGGCGUGUAGUACAUAAUGAUGCCUCCUGGGAAACCAGGUUUUACUGGUCCAAAGGAUUACGUGGUCACAGCAAUGCUACAAUAGAAUGGCAUAUCCCAAAUACUACUGAACCAGGUAUCUAUCAAAUACAAUACUUUGGGUACCGUAAGGUAAAACCACCUUUGAAGCCAAGUGUGUUUUAUCCAUUCAAAGGCACAUCUUCAGCAUUUGAAAUAAUAAAAUUGUAG